ACUGCUUCACAAUUGUUGUUUUUGUCGUCAAAAAUUCACAAAAAAUAUAAUUUUUCAUAGAAUUAAGGAAUUUUUGGCUAAAAAUGGCAAGCAAACAAACAACGGAGAAAGCCCUCGACCUUCUUCGUUUCUUGCCGCGCGUGUCUCUCGGUAAUUUACGCCCAAAUCCGAAUGCGAGAGCAAAGACUCAUCGCGGAAGAGGUCAACACGGCGGCGACAAACACGGCGAAGGAUCCGGCGUUCACCAGAAUUACAUGCGUUUGGGUUAUGCAACGGGUCAAAAUCCCUUUUUCUGUCGUUUCACGUACGAGCCUUACUACAAACGGCAUCAUUUGCGUCGCGAAUACCCGCCGAUCAGCUUGCACAAGUUACAAGUGAUGAUCGAAACGGACCGCAUUGACACCCGGAAGCCAAUUGAUGUCACGUCGCUUUGCAACACGGGAAUUUUGGAUUGCCAACCGUCGCUCAAUCAUUUCGGGUUUCAACUCACCGACGAAGGCGCCGACAUGUUCAAGGCGAAAAUCAACAUCGAAGUGCAACACGCCACGGAACUUGCCAUCGCGAUGAUCGAAAAGCACGGCGGCGUCAUUCGAACGGCAUAUUACGACACGCACUCCUUGCAAGCGCUCGUUAAUCCGGAAAAAUUCUUCAAACGCGGCGUUCCGAUAAUGAAAAGGAUGAUUCCGCCGCGAAAUGCCGUCGAUUAUUACACAGAUCCGAAAAAUCGCGGAUAUUUGGCGGAUCCCGAUGAAAUUAGCAAACAUCGUCUUGUGUUGGCGCAAAAAUAUGGCUACGAGUUGCCAAAAAUUGAGGAAGAUCCGGAUUAUGAGAUGCUGACGAGGGCGAAAGAUCCGAGGCAAGUUUUCUACGGGCUCGAAACUGGAUGGGUUGUGAGUUUGAAGGACAAAGCGAUCAUUAAGCCGGUGAAAAAUGACGAGAAUCAGGCAGAAAAGCAAGAAGCAAAGCAGUAGAUUUAGCUUUUAGUACUAUUUUUAGUCAAGAAAUAAAAAAAAUAUUAUUAAAUUGA